AUGGUACAGGCCGUGAGGGCCGUGCUGCUUGGGCUUGUGUGCCUGUGCCUUGCGGUCGGCGCAGCGGCGGAUGAGGCGACGAAGAAGCUGCGCGUGGCCUUCGUGCCGCUUCCCAUCAAGACGCACGUGGACGCAGUGGGCCCGCUAGUCGACUAUUUCACCGAGGCGUACGGCACCAAGUACAACGUCUCGUGUCUGGCGCCGGAGCACCUGUUGCCAGCAUGCACUGGCGACCCCGCCGCGGUCAACCUCACGGCGCUCCCAGCGCCGCGCAGCUUCCAGCCUGGCAACGCCACGCUCGAGGACAUGGCUGCGAACCUCACGGAUCCGCUCCACGUCGGAAAGGAGAACGUUUCGGCGGCGGAAGACCUCUUUCGUCGAAUGAACACUGCAACGUUCUCAGGCCUCGUCGAAACCUUCGGAGCGCCGAACGACACGUCCUGGACGCGGCCCGAGCUCGUCGUGUGCGACUACGCCAGCGCGGGCUGCAUCGAUUUCUGCGAGGCCGCCAGGAUCGUCCACGCCGUCGUCCUGGUGAGCCGCACGCGCGUCAUGGCUGCCGCCGCGGCGCUCAGCGGGCCCGCCGCGGCCAUGGGCGUGCCUGUCUGGGAGCCCCCGAGCGUCCCGCCGCUGCUCCACAACACCUCGUCGUUCGCGCGGCGGAUGGUGCGCCCCAUCGAGCGCGCUCUCCACCGCUACCGAGCACGGUCGGCAGCCUCCCGCGCGCGCAACGCCGUGACGCGGAACGCCCUCGGGCUGCGGCCCGCGCCGUCCGUGGUCGGACCGCUACCCGGACUGAACCCGCUCGUCCUCGUCACGUCCGCGCCGGGCGUCGAAGUCGUGACCAGUACAGCGCCAAACGUAAUCGACGUCGGCCCGCUGUUGCCGGUCGCGCCCAAGCCGGUGCCCCCGGAGCCGAAGAACUCGUCGACGUACCCGUCCGAGUUCUUCACCGCGGACGUGAUCCCGCUCGGGUGGAGGCUGGCGGGUCGCACGAAGGGCUUCCAUGACGGCGUGCUCCUCAUCACAGCCGGGGCCAAGACGCCGAUGACGGCCGGGGAGCUGGACUCCCUCAUCAGCUCGCUCGCGGAGCUGGAGUUCGGAAAGUUCGUCUGGAAGCUGCCGGAGAAGUACUGGCCGGUGCUGCCGCGGCCCUGGCCGCGCAACACAAUCAUCGUGCCGGACGUGGAUGAGGAGGCUGUCCUGCGGCACAACCUGACGUGGGGGCUCAUCGCGCACGGGUCGAGCGAGGACGUCGUGCAGGCGCUCGCGCACGACGUCGCGUUGCUCGCGCUGCCGGUCGGUCCUGACCACGCCGUCAACGCGCAGCUGGUGCAGAACAAGGGGUGGGGCGUGAACCUGCGGCGGCCGGACGGGACGCUGCACUGGGAGGACAUCGCGGAGAAGAUCAAGGGGUUCAACAGGAACAAGACGGCGACGGCGAUCGUCCGGGAGAAGGUGCGGCGGACGCUGCGUGCUUCGGGGGGCACGCGGAGGGCCGCGGAGCUGCUGGCGCUCGAGGCGGACCUGGGCGGAGACUACUUCACGCCGGCCUUCCCGGCAACGCCGUGGUGGGAUCGGAUCGAGGCGGACAUCGUUGCGGCGUGGGUGGUGAUGGCUGGCGUGCUGGGAGUCGUGGCGAGGGCGGCGCUGCGGCGAGGGCUUGCGUUCGCCGUGGGACGACGGAAACAGAAGCGCUCGUAG